AGAAUUGAAAGUUAUGAAAGUUCAAAACAUAACCUAUUUUUCUGAACGUGUUUUCGCGAUUGUUUCGUCUGUUUAAGAAAUGCUUAAAAUUUCGUUUUGAAUAGAUUUAAAAUACAAAUUCUCAAAAUGUUACGUCGUCAAGCUCGUUUACGUCGUGAAUAUUUGUAUCGUAAAACAGUGGAAAGUCGACAAAAGGCUAUACAAGAUAAUAAGAGUAGAGUAAAGAAGAGUUUGGAUCAAAACACUUCCAUACAUGGUGAUUUACAGAAGAAAGCUCUACAUUAUUCGAAAAAACUUGAAUGGGAAGACGCCGGACCUGAGCAAGCAGUAUUAUUGGGUGGGGAAAGUGGAGGUGCAACAGCUAAUUCACAAGAUGAUGAAUAUCGGUAUGCCGGAGUUGAAGAUCCAAAAAUUGUUCUUACCACAUCAAGAGAUCCAAGUGCUCGGUUAAAAAUGUUUGUUAAAGAACUAAGAUUAAUUUUUCCAAAUGCACAAAGAAUGAAUCGUGGAAAUUAUGAAAUGAAGCAGCUUAUUAAUGCAUGCAGAGCCAACGAUGUGACUGAUUUUAUUGUAGUGCAUGAGCACAGAGGUGUACCAGAUGGAUUAGUUAUUUGUCAUUUACCAUAUGGUCCUACAGCUUAUUUUAACAUGUCUGAUGUUGUAAUGCGACAUGAUAUUCCUGAUAUUGGCACCGUGUCAGAACAGUAUCCCCAUUUAGUAUUCCAUAACUUUAAGACAAAACUGGGAGAAAGAACAAUGAGUAUUUUAAAAUAUCUAUUUCCAGUACCUAAAGAAGACUCGAAGAGAGUAAUAACUUUUGCAAAUCACGAUGAUUAUAUUAGUUUUAGACAACAUACUUACAAGACCGUCGAUAGACAGAUCGAGUUGUCAGAAGUCGGUCCACGUUUUCAACUGAAGUUAUAUGAAAUUAAACUAGGAACUCUAGAUACUGCUGACUCUGCAGAUACAGAAUGGGCUUUAAGACCUUACAUGAAUACUGCAGUUAAAAGGCGGUUUUUGAGUGACGAGGAUGGAUGGAAACAAGAUGACGAAAUUACAACAUAAUUUGUUUAUUAUUUAUUAAUAAUUUAAGUUUUAUAUUGAAAAUUGAUUGUAAAAUUAUCCAAAUGAAAUAUAUUAAUUUCUUAAAAAUA